ACAAAAUGGCGAAUCCAUUUUUAAUGGACGAAGAUUUGGGUGGUUUUGAUGCUGAUCCCACGGCCAAUCCUUUCUUUUCAAAAGCAGAAAGUGAGGAAGUUGAAGCAGAAGCGGAAAAUCCAUUCUCCGGCCAAUCUAAUCCAUUUGCUUUUGGCGAUGAGCCCGAAGAUGGGGCCGCACCUGCAUCGGAUAUUGAUCCAGCGAUGAGCUUUUUUGGUACAACCAUUGAAGCGGAAGAUGAUGCACUUAGCAUUAAAUCCACGGCUGAAGAAGAAGAUGAUACCACAAAGCGUGGUCCACCACCUGGGCCUGUGCCACCGCAGACACAGGAACUCAUUAAUACAGUUUCCAAUCAGAUGGAGGAGGCAAGCUCAGAAUUACUGGGCCGCAUACCAGCUACACGUUCGCCCAGUCCUGUUUCAAUGCGCGACUUACAUUCACCUAGCCCGACACCGGAUUCCGGUUUGGCAGAUCUUCUAGAUGUGUCCGAUAGUGGUUCAUCCGGGAAUACACAAGGAUUCGAUAUGGACUUAACUGGUAGUGGCGGUAUUAGCAAUAGUACCGAUAAUCCAUUUGGUGUGCCAACGGCUAUUCCUAGUUUACACGGUGCUACACCAAUGCCUUCACCAGCAAAGCAACAGCCUCCGCGACCACCGCCACCACGGCCAGCACCACCCAGACCUACACCGCCAAGUGGUGUACCAGCACAACAAAAUCAGCCACCACCACGACCAAUGCCACCAGCACCAGUACCAGAGCCAGUGGCACCUCAGCCAGCUGCUCAGACUUCAGAUUCCGACGAUCUCUUCGAUAUGUUUGGUACUUCCCAACCCCCCAAGCCGCCACCACCAAAGACCAAGGAAGACAUUUUGAGUCUCUUUGAAAAACCAACACAACCAGUGUCCAAACCGGAUCUCCUAAGCGAUGAUCUGGUACUUGAUCACUCGGGUGAAGUGGAAGAAGAUGAAGAGUGUAAAUCAGGCGAAGAUCCUAUUUUCAGUUCUAUGUUAACACGUCCUGAUGAGAGCACACAUGAUAUUACAUCACAGCCACAGGCAGCAGAUCUCAACAUAUCGCUGAUAAAUAAUGUGGAACGGAAAGAGCUGGUUAUCGAUGAUACAAAACAACGUGCACCUACUCCAGACAUUGAAAUAACGACUGUAGAAGAUCUCCCACGCUCUGACGAUGAAGACGAACCAGAACCUGAACCUGUAAAGCCGACACCGCCCGUGGUUAUUGAAACUAAGCCCAGCCCUGAUGAUGACGAAGAGGAGGAGGAGGAGGAAGAAAAGGAAGCCCCUCCGACCGUGAGUGCAGAGCCCGCAGCGUUUACUUCAGUUGAUUCUGAUCACAGCCCACCUACAGAGUCGGGCGCAACUACGCAAGCUAUGCCAGAAUCCUCGUUGGAAGCUACUACUGAACAACAAAACAGCGAGUUUGAACAAAUGGAUACCGGUCUAGACUUUGCACCCGCUAGCGCUAUUGCAAGCGGCACUGCCUCCGCCAAUCCUUUCGCUAGUCCCGACGAGGAGGAGGAGACGUAUCCACCAACGUCGGUGGUGACGAAUAUAUUCGCAAUUGAAGAUAUGGACGCGGCGGUGGUGACUAAUAUUUUCACUACUGCGACUGAUACUGUUACAACAACUGCGGUACCUGUAAAUAUUUUUGCCGCUGAUCCGGAACCGGAGGCGGUAGAAGCGGCAGCGUCUACAUACACAGCCAACAACAUUUUUGCCAGUGAGCCAGAUGAGUUCGACGCCUUUUCAGCCAAAUUUGAUUCGGUUAAAAAGGACAACAUAAGCAUUCUUGACGGCUUUGGUGGUUCCGGCGCUGUAACACCUUCUGGUGGUGAUGCCUGGGGCGACAGUGCAUUUGGCUCACCUGCCGCAGCUGUAGACGCAUUUGGCGCUACGGAUGGCUUUGAAAAUGAAGACGACGACUUCUACGCAAUGAAAGCGCCCGAACGCGCUGAUUCCGUUGAGUCCGUUGAUAAGGAAUUCAACGUUGUUAUACGACCAAAGGGCGAAAGCGCACAGACAAUUGCACCACAACUGGCGCCACCACCACCACCUGCACGUGGCCAAGUCAGUCAAGUUGCAAGUGAUGCUUCGCCCGUUGUUAAUCCCUUCGAGGAUACUGGUUUCCCGGCACCAGCGCAAAGCGACGAAAAUAAAGUAAAACGCACAGACUCACAAGAUACACCGCAAACGCCGCUCUUCGAUGAAGAUGUCUCACAACCGCUCGAAGAUUUUCCACGUUUGAAUUAUGUUGGACCAGGCUGGGAAAUGCAGUUGCGGCAACCGAAUAAAAAGAAGAUUACCGGCCAGCGGUUUUGGAAGAAAAUCUUUGUACGCCUAGUAGUGCAGAACGAUGUGCCCGUGGUGCAGCUGCUUAAUCAAGCGAACGACAAGCAACCAUUCCAGGAAUUGCCACUUCAGCCAUCAUACUCCGUUUCGGAGAUCGGCGCACAGCAAUACGAUCAGUUUGGUAAAAUCUUCACCGUAAAACUGCAGUACAUCUUCUAUAAGGAACGUCCUGGUGUGCGACCUGGUCAAGUGACUAAAGCCGAACGAAUCACGAAUAAACUUACGAAAUUUGCACAAUACGCCAUCGCAGGUGACUAUGAAGGAGUAAAAGAAUUCGGCAGUGAUUUGAAAAAGCUUGGCUUGCCCGUUGAACAUGCGCCACAAUCGUCGCAACUAUUCAAAAUCGGCUCAAUGAACUAUGAGGAUAUGAAACAGUUCUCCAUCUGCAUCGAGGAAGCGCUCUUCCGUUUGCCAGCGCUACGUGAACGCGCGCUCACCUACAAAAUGGAGGAGGUACAAGUUACAGCGGUCGAUGAAAUAGUGGUCGACCAGGACUUCGAGGGCAAAAUUUUAAAACAAAUCGCACGCGUGCGUCUAUUCUUUUUAGCGUUUCUCACAGGAAUGCCCACAAUAGAGCUGGGCGUGAAUGAUAUGUGGCGUCAGGGCAAAGAGGUGGUGGGUAGACAUGAUAUCAUACCCGUGGCUACUGAGGAGUGGAUACGUUUAGAGGCCGUUGAAUUCCACAGUGUGGUGAAUCAAGAGGAGUAUGAGAAGACGCGUACAAUUAAGUUCCAGCCACCGGAUGCGAAUUAUAUAGAGUUACUACGUUUCCGUGUGCGUCCACCAAAAAAUCGCGAACUUCCAUUACAACUAAAAGCCACUUGGUGUGUCACAGGCAAUAAGGUUGAGUUGCGUGCCGAUAUACUUGUACCGGGCUUUACAUCACGCAAAUUAGGCCAAAUACCAUGCGAAGAUGUCUCAGUACGUUUUCCUAUACCGGAAUGUUGGAUCUAUUUGUUCCGUGUGGAGAAACACUUUAGGUAUGGCUCUGUGAAGUCCGCCCACAGACGGACAGGUAAAAUCAAAGGCAUCGAACGCAUUUUAGGCGCUGUUGAUACACUGCAAGAAUCACUCAUCGAGGUCACUUCCGGUCAGGCAAAAUACGAACAUCAUCAUCGCGCUAUUGUCUGGCGUUGUCCACGUUUGCCAAAAGAAGGCCAAGGCGCUUAUACCACACAUCAAUUGGUUUGUCGUAUGGCUUUAACCUCCUAUGAUCAAAUACCAAGCGAAUUGGCGCCGUACGCAUUUGUUGAAUUCACAAUGCCAGCGACACAAGUCUCGCAUACAACCGUGCGUUCGGUGAGCGUACAAGACUCGGACUCGGACGAGCCGCCCGAGAAAUAUGUUCGGUAUUUGGCACGACAUGAAUAUAAGGUCGGCAUUGAGACAACACAUGGAGAAUCGACCAACGCUUAUUUGGCUGCUACACGUGCGAUACGCGAAGAGCCAACACCCACAAAACCUGUGGCCUCUCCUGUGCCACCGAGCGAUUCGGAUUCCGAUUCGAAUUAAGUAUGAAAAUAGCAGGAAUUACAAAUACACACAUAAAAUAACAGAAAUAUACCAAAAACGUAGAAAAAAGUGUAGAAAUCAUAAAU